GUCUUACUCUGUGGUCUUUCUCAUCUGUCAUAGUUGCUUUCGUCAUCUUGUGUUUAUAAUUUGUUUAAAAUUACGCCCUUCCUCUUAUUGGAUUCAAAUACUUUCGAGUUAUAAUGAGCAGCACAGGGGAGCAAUUGACCUUAGCUAGAGAUAUAAAAAGGGCUAUUGAACUGUUGGAAAAACUUCAGCAAAGUGGAGAGGUGCCUGCAACCAAAUUAGCUGCAUUGCAGAAAGUGCUGCAGAGUGACUUCUUGAAUGCUGUGAGAGAGGUUUAUGAGCAUGUUUAUGAAACUGUGGAUAUCCAAGGGUCGGCUGAUAUCAGAGCCUCGGCUACGGCGAAGGCGACUGUGGCGGCAUUCGCUGCAGCAGAAGGACAUGCCCAUCCUCGAGUUGUGGAACUCCCUAAGACCGAAGAAGGAUUAGGAUUUAACGUGAUGGGUGGUAAGGAACAAAAUUCACCCAUCUACAUAUCCCGGAUUAUACCAGGUGGGGUCGCAGAUCGCCAUGGGGGUUUGAAAAGAGGAGACCAGUUGCUCUCUGUAAAUGGAGUGUCUGUGGAGGGAGAAAACCAUGAAAAAGCUGUUGAAUUAUUGAAACAGGCUGUUGGGUCAGUCAAGUUGGUUGUUCGCUACACACCAAAGGUGUUAGAAGAGAUGGAAAUGAGAUUUGACAAACAGAGAACAGCCAGGAGGCGCCAAAACUACAAUUGAAGUCAUUCCUCACAGCUUGUGUUCAUUCAGUCAUUGAAUUUUAUUAGUACUUAAGUAAAAGUAAAGGAUCAUUUAGAUUAAUAUGUUAUACAGUGUAAUGUUAAACUUUUCUUGUUGUAUUUUAUUAAAAUGUACUUAUAUUGCACA